CGGCUCCACCUGUCUCAUCCCGGGGAUCUGCGUUAGCAGUCACUAGUCGCCCCGCCAGCCCAGGAAGUGAAGCAGGCUCCCAGCAAGGCAGCAACUUCACAGACGGAACAGGGAGGAAAAUGAAGCUCCCGAUUUUCAUAGCAGAUGCAUUCACAGCAACAGCUUUCCGGGGCAAUCCUGCUGCCGUCUGCCUCCUGGAAAAUACGUUGGAUGAUGAUUCUCAUCAACUCAUUGCACGAGAAAUGAACCUCUCUGAAACCGCGUUUGUUCGAAAACUGCAACCGACUGACAACUUCACACAAAGUUCCCACUUUGGACUGAGGUGGUUUACUCCAGAGAGUGAGUUCCCGCUGUGUGGUCACGCCACCCUGGCCUCUGCAGCUGUGCUGUUUCACAAAAUAAAGAACACAAACAGCACUCUGACCUUCACCACUAUGAGCGGGGAGCUAAAGGCCAGAAGAGCAGAGGACGGGAUUGUCUUGGACUUUCCUCUCUACCCAGCCUUCCCCCAGGACUUCCAUGAGGUGGAAGACUUGAUAAAGGCAGCCAUAGGGGACACCCUGGUUCAGGAUAUCCGGUACUCUCCAGACACCAAAAACCUCAUGGUCCGGCUCAGCGAUUCUUACGACAGGUCCUUUCUGGAGACCCUGAGGGUGAACACAGAACCUCUGCCUCGAAUGGAAAAGACAGGGAGGGUGAAAGGACUCAUUCUCACUCUCAGAGGAGAGCCUGGGGGGCAGACACCCCACUAUGACUUCUACUCCCGGUACUUUGCGCCAUGGGUUGGUGUGGCUGAAGACCCGGUAACAGGGUCUGCCCACACUAUUCUUGGCCCCUACUGGUCUGAGGAGCUGGGGAAGAAAGACAUGAGAGCCUUUCAGUGUUCCCGCCGAGGAGGAGAACUGGACAUUGCCCUGCGACCUGAUGGACGAGUUGACCUGAAGGGUGGCGCGGCUAUUGUCUUGGAGGGCACGCUGACGGUCUAGAGACUUA